GAGCGCUCGCUUCGCAUGCGAGAGGCACGGGGUUCGAUUCCCCGCACCUCCAACUCGAGGUUUUUCAUCUUUUUUUCAGAAGUUUUUGCUCGGUCCCACCUGCCAUUGACCGUAGCUUCGCCGGUAAUCUCGUCCUGGUCUCGCGCCAGCGUGCUGCUGUCGUCGUCUCGUCUCCUCCAGUCCUCCUCGUCGUCGUCCCAGCCGAAAGACGAAGCUGUCCGAAGGACUCCGAACGCACUGCCAUGGCCGCCCCGGCGCCCACGGCUCUCUGCGCUCGCCACUUCCGCCCGCGCGCUCCCUCAUCUCCCGCUCCGCGCCACGCCCCCGCGCCUGCCCGCCGCCUCGCCGUCCCCCCGCGCGCGGAGGCGGGGACGGGGGACGUGGAGGUGCUCAGGGCCGGGGUGCCGGUGUACAAGCCGCGCUCCUACAAGGUGCUCGUCUCCGACGCCGCGCGCUCCCUCGCCUGCGCCAUCGGCGAGGGCGAGACCCGCCUCGGGAUCGAGUUCCCGCCUUUGCCAAGCAGCAUCUCUUCUUACAAGGGCUCCUCAGAUGAGUUCAUCGAUGCCAACAAUCCAGCUUGCUCUUGAUGUCGCAAGGAAGCUUAAAGAGCUCAAGGGGACUAGGUCCUGUGUAGUGUUUCCUGAUCAACCUGAAAAGCGCAGGGCCUCACAGUUGUUCCGGACAGCUAUAGACACGAUUGAGGGUGUAAGUGCCAGCUCCCUCGAUGAUGUGCCCACCGGACCUGUCAAUAACUUCUUCAAAUCGAUAAGAAAUACCCUGGAUUUUGACUUUUCUGAUGACAACGAAGAUCGAUGGAAAUCGGACGAACCACCAUCACUAUAUAUCUUCAUCAACAGCAGCACGCGCGACCUUUCAUCUAUAGAGAAAGACGUGCAAGACCUCGAGGUCACAUCUGCAAAAAGACCAUCACGAGGAAGUGGAAAUUGGAAAUCGGGAGGGAGACGAGACUGCGCGAGAUCGCGGGAGAUGGAGCCGAGAGGAGCAGUCUGCAGAUCCAGCGCCCUCCUACUCCUCGCCACCAUCCUUGCGGCAGCCGGCUCCUCCGCAUCCGCCAUCGGAGACAAGUGUGCCGCCUGCAAGGCCGUUGCUGCGGAGAUAGAGAUUGGAAUUUCGAGUGAGAAACCGAAAAAUCACUUGGACUUGCGCAACCGCUUAAAUUCUAAAGGUCAGAGGGAAGGGAAGGUCAUUGAUUACAGAGUCAGUGAGCUUAGGGUUGUAGAACUUCUGGAUGGCCUAUGUGAUAAGAUGCAAGAUUAUACCUUGCAUAAGUUGGAAUCAGGCGAAAAAGGAUGGGUGAAAGUUACAGACUGGAACACCUUUCAAACUGAAAAUAAGGCAGCAGCACGAGCACAUUCCAAAAAUUUAUCCACCUUCUGUGGAAGGUUACUGGAGGAAACGGAGGAUGAGCUUGCUGAGUGGAUAAAAACAAGCUCCGAAUUGGGAAACGUGGGCAAGGCCCUUUGUGAAGAUAUUAGCAAACACUGUCUGUCCACAAGUGCUACCAUCCAGAUCGAAGAUGAACUAUAACAGGCUGUGUUGAGGCGCUAUCGUUAUUCGGCUAAGCAAAACAGACGACAGGCUAUGAAAUGUCGAAGAACAAGCUCAAAUAGUCUCUGACGCAUUUCAGUUAGACAAGGAGCUGUCAUAUGCGAUUGUCUGUGUUGCACUCGCAUUGUUGUAUUAAAAUGGGACUUCUAAUUCGUUCCAUAUGAUGUUCUUGGUGGCAAGAUUGGACUGAUCUAUAUAGAACAGUAAUAAACUAAUUUUAUAUACUUAAAUACAAUCGAAAACAGUCGGUUGAGCUUAACUUGUCAGAGACUAUUUGAAAUUUUGAGUACUUGUAAUGUUUUAUGGAAUAAGAUCAGUGCUUGUAAUCAUCUCAUGUUGUGCCGGUUUAAUGGCAGCAUUGCAUCUGUCAGUAUGAGUAUGAGAUCACGGAA